GCGUAUCCUCUCUCUCUAUAUGUACAUACCCACACAACAAACGGCUUCGAGUAAAUGCCAAUCUCACCUCAACUUCAACGCAACUGAAACUGCUAUUCACAGUUUAAAUUGAAGAAGCAAAAAUUAAAUUGAAAAAAAGGAUAGGAAACUAACAAAAAAAAAGGGGUUUAAACAGCUAACAAAAACGUGGAAAGCUGAAGGAAGAAGGAAGAAGAAACACCAGAAGAAGAAGAAGAAGAGAAAGAAAGGAAGAAAAUUUUCGUUUUAAGACUUCUCUCUUCACUUUCCUGUAUGUCUGUGACUCUGACUGUUUUGCAGAGUAAUUGAAAAGACGUUGCCUUUAUCUCGGAGAAAAGAUUAUUUCUUUUUUCUGUGUUUUCAAUUCAAUAACCUGAUGGUGUUGGAUCUGUUGGAUUGAUUUCUGUUCAGUUUGCAUAUACAGAUUUCGGAUUUUUGGGAUAGUCUGCAGAUUAAAGGCAGACUUGGAUGAAUGUUUGAAGGUUUAGGGCUAUUUCAAGUUAGAGAUGUCUCACACCAUGGAAAGGUUUUUAUCUGCAGUAGCCUCCUCCAUGGAAAAUCAAGUGGCAGGGCAAUCAGUGAUUGGCACAAUCAAAAUUGCCGUAUUACCCGUAGCAAAAGUUUUCACAAUGUGCUUUUUGGGUUUCCUUAUGGCCUCCAAGCAUGUUAACAUAUUGCCUGCCAGUGGAAGAAAACUCCUUAAUGGGUUGGUUUUUUCGCUUUUGCUUCCUUGUUUGAUAUUUUCUCAGCUUGGGCAAGCUGUUACUUUAAAGAAAAUGAUGGAGUGGUGGUUUAUUCCUGUAAAUGUUGUUCUGGCUGCCACAUCAGGCUCAUUAAUAGGGUUUCUUGUUGCAUAUAUUGUCCGCCCCCCGUACCCAUUUUUCAAGUUCUCAAUCAUACAAAUUGGCAUUGGGAACAUUGGGAAUGUGCCACUUGUCCUGAUUGCAGCACUGUGUAGAGAUAAAUCCAACCCUUUCGGUGACUCAGAAAAAUGUAGUGUUGAUGGGACUGCCUAUAUCUCAUUUGGCCAGUGGGUUGGCGCUAUCAUCCUAUACACAUACGUAUUUCAUAUGUUGGCACCUCCUCCUGAAGGUUCCUUUGACAUUGAGGAUGGGACUCUUCCAAUCAAGAAUCCCCCAAAAGAUGCUUCUCCUCAGCAAGUUCCACUGCUUGCCCCGGAGGAGGAGGUACCAGUAGAUUCAAAUGUUUCAAAGGAAGGAAAGAUUAAAAAAAUUCUAGUUUUCCUAUAUGAAAAAGUUGAAGCUCCACUACUUUCACCUCCAAUUACUUUGCUUCCUAUUUUAGCCAUGUUCCUUGGUGCAGUACCAUUUUUGAAGAAAUUGAUCUUUGCAACUGACGCCCCACUUUACUUUUUCACUGACAGUUGCAAUAUUCUUGGGGAGGCUAUGGUUCCAUGCAUUUUGUUAGCAUUGGGAGGCAAUCUUGUUGAUGGACCAGGAAGUUCUAAGCUCGGUUUACGGACAACUGCAGCUAUUAUUUUUGGUCGAUUAGUUUUGGUGCCUCCGGUUGGACUCGGCAUUGUUCUGUUGGCUGAUAAGCUUGGCUUCCUCCCUCCUGGUGAUAAAAUGUUCCGGUUUGUCUUACUUCUUCAGCAUACAAUGCCUACAUCCAUCCUUUCAGGUGCUGUCGCGAAUCUCAGAGGCUGUGGCAGAGAGGCUGCUGCUGUCUUGUUCUGGGUUCAUAUAUUUGCCAUUUUCUCAAUGGCUGCAUGGGUUGUUGUUUAUCUCAACAUACUCUUCUAAGCAAGAAAAGUGCAGCAAUCUGUCAUCGGUAUAGACCUCGACUCUUCAUUGUGAUGUAUUUCAUAUUUUAGUGUUGAUAGCCAAGUAGGAUAGCAAAAAUUUCAAAAUUUCAUGGGAAGAGAAUUGUCAAUUUUAGUUAUCAGACAAAUUUCAAGAAUUUGUAUCUGCUUCUAUAUUAAUUCAAUUGUUUUCUAUUUAUGACCUUAUAGAUUGGUCAAUUCAAUGGGGUUUCUGCAGUAACCCGUUUCCUGAA